AUGGGCGGCCCGGCUUGGUGGAACCCGCAAAGAGGAGUGUUGAGGUGGAAGCUAUCUUCCUCUGCGGCGAAGAGUGGUGGGUACCGGAGAGGCAUCGCAGACGGAUGGAGCGAGCAGCGAGCUGACGACUUGGUAAUUGGGUCGAACAUCGGGACAACGAUCACUGUGCACCUGGACAACAAGUUCUUGCGGUCCACGAUCUCCCGUGUUGGUGUCGGAAUCGCAGAUAAGCAUCGUCAUUUCCGUGCUCGACGGAGGAAGGUUGUGGGUGCGUCGGUCUCGGCCUGGUGGCAGGCAGACGCAGAGGCGCAGGACGCACUCUUUGGCCGUAUCCCCAGCCUGCGCAAGCUUUGGCCGAUGCAAACUCCCCCACAAAGCGGUUUCUGGUACGCAACAUGGACUCGAGCUUGGUCAAUGUAGGCCUUUGUAUGCGGCUGUCUGCGCCGUCGAGUCCAAGUCGAGUGUCGGUGGCGGCUGGGUCGAUGAGCCACGUUUGAGCGAAGGCUGAGCGUUGAUUGACGACAGGGAUCUGGACGCCGAGUCGAGGAGUAAAGGCGAUCAAGCACGCGAAACACGCGGGGUCCUAGAACGCCCAGUCGAGUCUGGUCAAAGUGAGCAGCGAGCAGAGUCAACGACAAAGCGUUGUUGUACGACCCAGCGUUCUCGCGCAAUGCUAUAGCUUCUGUGUGCGUGGGAAGAUUCUUGCACAGUUCAGCAUGUGGGUCUACUGCAGACGACGGUUGUUGGAUGGAGCAACUGACCGCUAUCCGAGCCUUCAAGUAGCUGUUGAAAGUUGGGAUUGGGCCGGAGAGAGGGAGGUAGCUGCACCUUGCCCUGCGAGCAGCACGUGAUUAAGUGUCCGUUCGACUUCGUCCUUUCGCACUUCCCGUUGUCGAGCCUUGCAGUGGGUGCACACGGCAAUCUGGGGUAGUCGCAGAUGGAAACGUGGGGCUUGAGGGGUUUGAGCGCGAUUCGAGUGAUGAAUCGGAUUCAUAUGAGGAUGAGGACGAUUCGAAACUCUCGGCAGCUUUGGUCGCGGUUCCCCCCAAGUCCUCGACGUCUCGCACCUCCUCAGCCUCGGGGCUUUCGAACUCUCGCAAGAACUGUUCAAGCGACUCCGAAGAGGAUUCGACAAGCGAUUCAUACUACGGAGUCGGAGAAGACAGCUCAAAGGAGGUAUUACCUGACAACGUCGUCUCCGCACCACUCCUGGCUCGGAAAGACAAGAAGAUUUGGACCGGCAUACCUGCGAGCUCUCUCGGCGGAACGCAGACCGACGAACUGUCGAACACGACGCGCGGAGGCAUUUUUCUUAAACAUAAUCUUCACCACUGCAGAGCACAACGAGCUCCGUCUCAGGCCGGUCGUUCCUCGCAAGCAGAAAUCCGAAUGGAAAUUUGUAAGCAACCUUCCUGUCCUGGAGCUCCCAAGGUUCAUAGCUACAGAGGUGUGUCGAAGCUGCGUGCUGCGCUGCGUUUUGUUUCGUCCUGUGAUCGACCUAACCCUUAUUGGUGAGAUAUAUCAACAGACGCAUGACUGGGCUCCACGCCAAUAUGAAUGCUGUCUCGCUGUCGUCGAGCGACCUUACGGUAACGCGCGCUCCUCUACUACUCAUCAUCAACAUCCGUCGGACGUGGCAGUGGGGAUCUGAUGACGUCCAGAACUGCCCAUCACUCUUCUAGAAGCUUGGAGCCAACCCGCGAAGGUCGACCUGUUGUGGAAGUUCUGCGGAUGGCCGUCGUUGCUCGGGGGCCUGCAAAAGAGAUCGGGGACGUUUGAACAUCGUUCAACUGCAAUGAUCAUACAAGCAAAAGUCCGCCGAUGUCGAAGCGUGACUUAUUAG